UCUAAGAGUUGGCUCAGGGGUCCCCCAGGCACCCAAGAGGGGCCCUGGGUUUUAUUUCUGCCCAGCCCCCAGCUAGGGGUUAGAAUUCAGUAUCUUCUCUCCAACUGGGCAACAGGUGCGCUGACUACAUCCUGACUGUGGGGUCUGUGGGUCCUCCUGCCUCAGCUCCCGCCUGCUGUUCCCUGCCUCCCACUCUGACAUUUGGAACCGACAUUCUGGAACACAGGACCCAAGCUUCCUGCAAGAGGAGGAUUCCAGGAUGGAGAGAGGGGCAGAGCCCUGGAGUUGGGUACUGGAGACCUCUAGUGCCAGAUCCCAUGACUUCCAUCCAGAUCCUGCCCCAGAAGCGGCUGGUACUUCCACACCUGGGAUGCGGCGCUCAGUCCUGGUCAGGAACCCAGGCCACAAAGGCCGGAGACCCACUUACGAAGAACUAGACUCAGACUCAGAAGACCUGGACCCCAAACCCGAGGAGCCGGACCUCAACGCUGUCUCUGAGGACGCGGACCCCAGCCAUGAAGGUCUGGAGCCCAUCUCCAGCAACCUGGACCCAAGUGCAGAGGCUCCAGGCUCCAUCUUGGGGACCCGUGCCAUGGAUCCCCAAGAUCUCGACCCAAUGUCUUCGAGUUUUGAUCUCGAUCCAGACGUCAUUGGCCCUGUCCCCCUGGUUCUCGACCCUAACAGUGACACCCUCAGCCCCCCAGAAACCCCAGACCUGGACCCCCUCUCUUCCAGCCUCACUGCCACCCCAGAAGGCCUGGCCACCAGCCAGGCAGUGCUCCCUGCACCUGCCAGUCCUCCCCGGCCUUUCUCUUGCCCCGACUGUGGGCGAGCCUUCCGUCGAAGUUCUGGGCUGAGCCAGCACCGCCGCACUCACAGUGGCGAGAAGCCCUACCGCUGCCCCGACUGUGGCAAGUCCUUCAGCCACGGUGCCACGCUGGCCCAGCAUCGGGGCAUCCACACAGGUGCACGACCCUACCAGUGCGCUGCGUGUGGCAAGGCCUUUGGCUGGCGCUCCACACUGCUGAAGCACCGCAGCAGCCACAGUGGCGAGAAGCCCCACCACUGCCCAGUGUGUGGCAAGGCCUUCGGGCAUGGCUCCCUGCUGGCACAGCACCUGCGCACACAUGGUGGCCCGAGACCGCACAAGUGUCCGGUGUGCGCCAAGGGCUUCGGGCAGGGCUCUGCGCUGCUGAAGCACCUACGCACGCACACAGGCGAGCGGCCCUACCCGUGCCCGCAGUGUGGCAAGGCCUUCGGGCAGAGCUCUGCGCUGCUGCAGCACCAGCGCACACACACAGCUGAGCGCCCCUACCGCUGUCCCCACUGUGGCAAGGCCUUUGGCCAGAGCUCCAACUUGCAGCAUCACCUGCGCAUCCACACUGGCGAGCGGCCCUACGCCUGUCCCCACUGCUCUAAGGCCUUUGGGCAGAGCUCGGCGCUGCUGCAGCACCUGCACGUGCAUUCCGGAGAGCGCCCCUACCGCUGCCAGCUCUGCGGCAAGGCCUUCGGUCAAGCCUCCAGCCUCACCAAGCACAAACGGGUGCAUGAGGGAGCAGCCGCGGCAGCUGCAGCAGCCACAGCCGCUGCUGCUAGUUUGGGCCUCAGUCCUGCUUCAAUGUUGCGGCCUGGGCAGGUCUCCCUCCUGGGUUCUGAUGCUGUUUCUGUACUUGGCGCUGGUCUGGGCCCUAACCCUGGCUCUGUGCUAGGCUCUCUCUCCAGUCCCAGCCCCAAACCUGGCCCUGGCUCUGGAUCUGUCCCCAGCCCUCAUCCUGUCAAGUAUUCUGACCCUAAACCUGGUCACAAUGCGAGUCCUGACCUUGUGGCCAGCCCUGACCAUGGAUCUGGUCACAGCUCAGACCUAGAUCUUGAGCCCAGCCCUGUCCCCAACCCCAAGCCCCACCCUGACCCCAGCUCUCCCACCCAUGAGAGUCCAGCCCUCCCUGCCUGUGAAAGUCCUGAGUGGGUGCAGGAACAAGGGGCACUGCUGGGGCCUGAUGGCUGAAGGGGACGCCACUACCCAUGGAGGCCUGGGGAAGUCGUGUGUUGUGCAGUUAGUAAAACCCUCCCACUGCCUUCCGGCUCUGUCUCAUGGUUCUCCUGUUUCUCUGUCUCCCCUGAUGCACAGCCCCUUGGGGAAUGGGAAGGCGUGGCCUGAGCCAGCCGUACAUUCAGAACCCCAGUGCUCUGGCUUCCCCUGACAUCCUCCAGACUUCCCAGCUUCCCCCAAACCAGCAGUCACCACUCCGCCCCCCACCCCAGACCUGGUCAGCUUGGUUAGGGGCAGACUGAGCAUUGCAGGUGGUCUGAACAGCGUCCCUUCCCUUUGGUUUGUCCGAAUGGUGGGAUCUACGGUAUGUUGAACUUAGUGGGCUGAGAAUGGAGGUGGAUGUGAAGCCUUGUGGGCAGUCCUGCCCCCUCUGCUCCCCUAACUUACCCCUCGCCCCUCAAAGUCUACAUUAUAGGUACCCCCACUGGACAAAGGAGGUUGCUCAUUUAUACAUUCAACAAACAUCUGUUGAGAGCUCACAGAUACAAAAUGCGGAGACAUCUGACAAGUAAUUACAGGAUAUGGUACAUUCUAGCAGAAGUAUACAAGACGUCUGAUUUCAGUGAAAGACAGCGUUCUGGAGGAAGAACUAUAAUAAUCCCAGUAACUGCUCAUUUAAUCGUCAGCACUGUUGGCCCAGCCCUCGUGCUAUGCUUUUGUGUUUUCUCUUUUUAAAAAAAUUUUUUAGCCAUGAAAAA